AAUUUCAAACCCACCUCUCUCUCUUUCUCUCUCUUUCUCUACUGUACUUCCAUUAGCACCAUCAUUUCUCAGCCUGUUCUCUGAAUUUAAACUACACACACUCUCUUUCUAUCUCAAGACGCGUCUCUAAAAAAUGGGUUCGGGCACUAGUCGACUGGGGAGGCGCCCAUCAAGGGCCCGACUUAACCGCAGUACCCGCUCCCGCUUAUUCUCUUCUCUUAUCUGCGGUGGCUCCUCUCCUCGCUCUACUCUCGAGGUGGAAGAUCAUCCAGAUGAAAUUCUGCUGAAUUCUGAAAAACAUUGUGAUUCAAUCACCAAUGAGAUCUGGAAUCUUGCGGAGGAAUCUUCCUUCCCUUCUGGUAUAGGAACAAGCUCUACCAGCUCUGUAGCUGAAACUGGAGCAUCAUUAGGAAGCAGCAUCACAGCCAGUGAGGGCACCUCUACUGAAGAGGGUUUGAGAAAUAAUGGAACAAGUAACCAAGGGAAAGGCUUCUCUGAAGGUGGAGAGUUGGUUGCUCCCUCUCAGGUAAGUGACUAUUACAGUCAUGAUGAAUCUUGUAGGCAUAGAAGUAUUACCGAAGCUAGUACUUCAUUUAAAGACCAACAAUCUUCGGAUCCAGUGUCUGUAAAUGUUUUGUCUAACGAGGAUGCAGUCAAUGGCAUUGAUAAUUCAGAGGACAUGGGUGGUUCUUAUAUCUGUCGUGACAUCAUGCAUCCAAGCAGUUCUUUUCAAGGGCUUGGAGAUGCAUAUGCUGAUGGGGUUUCUAUUGAGAAUCACAUGGCUGAAGCGACAGGCGUGUUCAAUUCUGAUUCUGAUUCUGUACCUCAUAGGACUGAGGUUCCAGUAACCUUUGACUCUCUAGGAGAUGAAUCUGUACCAGAAGCAAUACCUGCAGGUUUAGGAUUCCUUGUGGCUGAUAGGGAACAAGGCACGGAAGAUGGAGGUGUAAUUCAUGUAGAUGUGGUAAGCAUCUCGUCCAGCAUUUUUUCUAGCAGCAAUGCUGACAUGAGAGGCCGUGAUGCCAGAAGGAAUAGUAGAAGACUUUUUUGGGAUGCAUUUUCAAGACGCAGUUCUAGAAGGCAUCUCGACUCUCCAACCAUUUUUUUCUCAGCGGAGAAUAGUGAUGAUCUACUAUCUCAUGAGAGAUGGCUCCUUGAUUUCAGUGGUGAUUUUUUUGAUGAUGGGAUGGGCGGUGAUUCUGGAUACCUAGGCAGUAGAAUUCACAGCUUAAAUGGACGAAGGCGACACUCGAGAUCUGAGAUGUGGGAAAGACUUCGCGGUGGCUUCAAUGAGCAGGGUCGGGGAACUACCUUAUGCCCGUCUGGACUCCACCCUGAUGGUACAUGCUCAUGUGAUUCAUCACCAACAACUGAGGAGUCCAGUAAUCGUGCAAGUAUAUCACGAAUAGUCAUGCUUGCUGAAGCUCUUUUUGAGGUUUUGGAUGAAAUCCAUCGCCAGCCUGUGUCACUUUCCCUAUCAAUGGUAUCACUACCAGCCCCUGAAUCAGUUGUCGACUCUUUUCCUCUUAAGAAUCACAAAAAGGAGGACAAAGUUGGUGGCAGUGAUGAUGUUGAAGUUGAACAGUGUUAUAUCUGUCUAUCCGAGUACGAGGAAGGGGACAAAAUAAGAGUCCUUCCCUGCCACCAUGAGUAUCACAUGUCUUGCGUCGACAAAUGGCUUAAAGAGAUACAUGGUGUAUGUCCACUAUGUCGUGGAGACGUUCGUCAAGGCGCCAACGAGUCUUCUGUAUCUGGCAAUGAGUUUUCUGUCACUAAUCCAGAAAUCCCUUAUAUUUGAUAGAACUGUAUGUAUGUAUGUACAUAGUAGCCUUUCCUUUAGCGUGUCUCCCGUUCCCCGAGCUUUUCUCCACUCUCUCAUUUCCUCUCCUGUGCUUCCAUUUAUGGUUUUAAAUUUCUCUUGUUGUAGAAUCAUAUGUUGUCAUCAUGUAGAAUUUUCAUAGCAGGCCAGAAAGGGAAGGGUUUUCAUGGCUUAAUAUUUUGUUCCAGUUUAUUGUUCUCUGGUGGCAUUGAUUGCAAUAGGAAGAAUAAUCCAAAUAAAUUAAGCCUAGUUAAUGAUUCAGCUGGAACUGAGUUGUAUGGUUAUUAAUUUGUAAAUCAUCAAUUAGAAUGAUACGUUUCUUGCA